CUGCUGUCUAACCCCCCCGCCGCUAUUGCACCUGUACCUAUAGGCCUCACAAUAUCAUGCAGGCUAGCUAGAAGGGGCGGUUACAGCUUGAUGGGCGCAUGAUUUGUGCGGUUCUAGACCGAACCGAGCCAUGCAAUACUUCACCUCUCAGUCGCGUAGCGAGCAAGCGGCCGAACAUUCGCUGCGAGCGAACCAGUAUAGGAAAAAGAGAAGGGCCAGGCGCGACGAGGAAGAGGACGAGGACGAGGAAGAAGAAGAUGGUGAUGAGGUGAAGACUCGGUCCAGCUCCAGGAUUCAUUCGCACGCCGCAUUUACUUCGUCGGAAACAGCCCAGCUGCGUGUCGCAGGUCUCCUGCCCGAUGAGGAAUACCAAGUUCCUCCAGCACCAUUCCCUCAUGCACCCGAAAGCUUGUCUAAAAGCUAUCAUAGCUCGGCUAGAGUGGAAGAAGAGAUGGCCAAGUCGCCCUCGCGCCUGUACGCUGUCAAUGCUGCGGUGAAGGGUGAUUCAAUCCAUGGUCGACAAAAUACAAACGCGUUGAAACAGACCCAUCUCAACGUCCUAUCGACUAUCAUGCAUCGCUGUUUACUCGAGGGAGAUUACGAGCGCGCAGGUAGAGCGUGGGGCAUGAUCUUGCGAACCCAGGUCGCGGGAGGCCCUGUCGAUCCACGGAACCAGGGGCGCUGGGGCAUUGGAGCCGAGAUAUUGCUUCAUCGCAAACAUCCAAGUGCCACUGAUCAGCACGAGCAAAGCACUGCGACCAACGCCUUCUCCGACCAAGGUUUUGAGCUGGCCAAAGAGUACUAUGAGCGAUUAAUUGUACAGCACCCCAAUCGGAAGGUCCACCCGCAUGCCGUCGACGAAAGAACCUUCUAUCCAGCCAUGUUCUCGCUUUGGAUCUUCGAGGUCUGCGAGAAGAGCAGGCGAGCAAGGAAGAAGGCCCAAGAUGAAGCACCGCGGGCGCGUUCCUCGAGCAAUGCGUCGGCCGACAGUUUCUUGGGCGAUGAUGCAAACGAAUUCCUUCGCGCAGAGGAAGAAACGCUUCAGGUUGAGGAGCUCACUCGAGCUAUUGAAAUCGCCGACCGGCUUGACCAGCUCAUUCUCUCACCGCCAUUUGACAAGGACGCCAGCUUGUUCGAACUUCGUGGGAACAUCAGCCUCUGGAUUAGCGAUCUCAGUUUCGGAACUCAAGCGACAGACGAGGACUGGGAUAUUGAUCCAGACAUCAGAAACAGGGACGACAAUCUAGAAUCGGCCAUGGAAAAGCUCACCCGACUUUCGAGUUGCCAUCGAGAGGUACAAAAAGCCAAGAGCUUCUUUGAGCGUGCAGUAGCAAACGGCGCCCAGGGACAUGCUACCACGUUCUCUAGCAUUGAUAUCAAGCUCAGAGAGCUAGCCCAACAGCUGGAGAGGUUGCGUGCUUCUUAACCUCGCAUUGCUACGUUUGGCCACUUGCGAUGACGCUUCAGUUCGGGCGUUCUUGUAUGACAUUUGCAUUAUACCCAUUUACUCGUAGAUGACCAGAAUUCGAAAUAAUAUUGGAACCUUCUUCGGCAGGUAUCGAAACCUUUAUCCACGCUGCUCAAAAUAAGAAUAUCAAAAAUACAUAAUAAAACUUCAGCCCUCAUUGCACCUAUCUCUAGACUUGGCCUUCCAUGCAGAUGGUAGAUUAACAACUGCAGUUCGUCUCGCGAACAUAGCCUUCUUCGCCAAAGCUUGUAGGCUGACUUGACUAUUAGUGGGUUGUCAUCUUGGGAAAGAGGAAUGGUUUGAAAAGCUGGGGAAACGAGCAUCAGAUAUUUCAUUUCAAGGC